GCAUAUUAAAUGUGUGCACCACCCUUUUUCAUUGAUACGUCAUUCAGUUUAUAUCAAAAUUCAUGCUUCAGACAAAAUCAGUCUCCUGCUUCCCAUUACAAUUAAAUUUUAUUUUGGCGUACUGUGAAUCUCGCGAAACAAUGUGUAAAUAAAAUUCUUAAGUAUAAUAGUGUUUUAAAGCUUUUAUAUUUAUAUAAUGUAUAAUUAUGCAUGUGGCUCAACGUUGGAUAUUGUUGCUUAGGUGAGCUAUGUGACCUAUGGGUAUGUUUUAAUUAGUGUAAAUACGUGUUGCUGUUUUCAAAAUUGGUACAUUUUAAUAAAAGUUUUAUGAAGUGAAAUUAAAUCCACCAAAUCUUCCCAAUUCGAGGUAAACACAUUUUAAAGAUUAGUCAUCAUAAAAGUUUACCGUAGUGGCAACGUUAACCAGGAAGGCGUGUAUGAGUGAAAAUAAUGGAUGUAACGACAAAGGAGGAAAUCGCGUAUACAAAAGAAGAUCAAAACGUGUGCAACACAGCUCCAAGUGUCGUUGAUUGUGAUAAAGAUGUCCCUGUUAUCAUCGCAAAGGAGAGUAACGAAGCCGACCCCUUGAUAUUUGUUGAUGAUUAUUACCACCCGGAUGAGACAAUAUGCCCUCACUGUAAAAACUGUGUCCAGCCUGUAGUCAACUAUAGAAUGGGGUUCUUGCCAUUUCUUGUGAUGUGCUUCAUGAUAAUGACGUGCAUCUUUGGCCUCCUGUCGUGGCUACCGCUGAUAGACAAGAGACUUAAGACGGUCAUACACUACUGUCCCUCCUGUAACCGCGAAAUCUGGAGGCUCACCCGGAUGUUACAUGAUUAUCGAAGUGAUACUAUCGUUUCCGGUGUAAUAGAUGCACAGCUGGAUUGCAGCAUAGUUUUGCAUGGGACAUACGAUUACAUAGUUGUGGGCGGAGGUACGUCUGGAUCAGUUAUUGCAUCAAGGCUAUCCGAGGAUCCAGACAUCCGGGUCUUGUUAUUAGAGGCGGGAAAAGCAGACGAUGAUAUUUUUGAAAGUCACGUGAUAGACACGCCUGGUCUAGCAUACAGUCUGGUGGGUAGUAGCGUGGACUGGAAGUAUGAAACUGAACCUCAACAGUUCUGCUGCGGCGGCCUCAAAGAACAGAAAGUUCGACUUUCACGAGGAAUGGUACUUGGAGGUACCUCGGCCAUUGAUUCAAUGGAACACAUCAGAGGAAGCCAGCACGUUUUUAACGAAUGGGAACAAUCCGGUGCUACGGGCUGGAAUUUUACCAACGUGAAAGAUUUUUUCAAGAUGGCAGAAGAUGUCAACAUCAAACGGGUCCCACUGACAAAUCACCGUGGACAAUGCGGCCCUCUACAUAUCACGGAACAGACGGACGAUUCACUCAGAUACUCUAUGUUUAAAGCUGGAACUACUGAAAUGGGCUGGCCAGUGAUAGAAUGUAACAUAGGCGAGAACAUUGGUCUCUGUCGAAGCCAACUCACUAUAAAGCAGGGAAAUCGAAUUAGCUCAGCUAAAGCAUACCUAAAUCCUGUCAAACGAAGAGUAAAUCUAGACAUCCAAACCGAGGCAAAAGUGGUGAAGAUAAAUAUCAAUGAGUACAAUCUGAAAGCAACCGGAGUCAAUUUUUUCUACCGAGGAAAGAACUAUACCAUCAAUGUGCGCCAUGACGUCAUACUUGCAGCAGGUCCCAUCGAAACACCAAAACUUCUUAUGCUCUCUGGCAUUGGCAAGCCCGAACACUUAGCAGCUUUAAAUAUAACAGUUCUAGAAGACUUACCGGUGGGUAACAAUUUACAAGACGGCUUCUCUGUACCAUUACGAAUGUACGUUAAUGUACCAACCUACCGGCCGGACAAACCCAUGGAGAACGUACAACGCUGGAGAGAUUACAUCUACCUUAGACGAGGCGAGCUUGCCGAUGGACUUACCGAUGCCCAUUUCUUUCUACGAACGCUGCCGAGUAAACCGUCUAAGUAUGCAGACAUAGCAAUAACCGUCAUCAACAUGUUACCAGAUAACGACCACUCGCUCCUGAUGAAGAUGAAUGUUGAAAAACAGGUGCGUGACACUUGGUACAAACAAGGACGAGGCAAAAACGGCGUUUUGCUGGAGAUUACGUUGAUGCAUGCUGAAAGCCGGGGUACUGUCCGAUUAAGAAGUGCCGACCCAAACGAUCCACCGAUUAUUGACCCAAACUACUUGAAGGAAUCUGUAGAUGUUGAAGAUUUACGUAAAGGUGUUGAAUUCGUUCAAAGACUUGCAAAGACUGUUGCCUUUCAAUCUGUCAGUGCGGAAUUGGAGCAAGAUCUAAAAGAAUGCGAAAUUCACCCAACCAAUUCCCAAGACUAUUGGAGAUGCUAUAUCCGAUAUUUAGGAUACAGCUCAAACCAGAUAGUUGGAACUGCUAAAAUGGGAAGACUAGAUGAUAACACAACUGUAGUUGAUAGUUCUUUAAGGGUUAAAGGAAUCAAAGGAUUAAGAGUUGCUGAUGCAUCAAUAAUGCCCCAAAGUACAGGAUUAACUCGCGCAUCGGUUAUCAUGAUUGGCGAAAAAGCGGCGGAUAUAAUCAAGAAAGAUUUGGAAGAACACAGAGCUAAUCGUAACAACCCCCAAACCUUCAUAAAUGCAGUCAAAACUGCAGAGCCCAAAAAUCUGGAUCCUUUAACGUCCAGCGUAUAUGACACAAAUUCAUCAGUUGUUAAACUUGAAAACACGGAACCGAUUGAUCCCGUGACUGCACCGCUAAAUUCAGCAUCAGAAACAGAUCUCUUGAGUAUCUUUGAACAACUGAUAAUGGAUCCUGUUGCGGACCCACUGCCACCUGUUGCACCGGAAGCUGGUAGCUUGGCUGGACCCGUGGAUUUGGCCACAGGAACUGGUAUUCUGGACAGAUCGGGUAGACUAACAGAGGAUGCCUUACUAAAACUUGUUGGCGCAGCCUCAGGGCCCAAAGAAUUGACCAUUGAAAAUCCAGCUAAAAGCCAACUUACUAAACCUCUUGAUAUCGCCAAAGCUGCAAGAAACACGGUUAAGCACACACAGGAAAAACCAACAAUGGGCAUUGCCAAUGCAGACGUUUUCUCUGAAAUCCAGAAUCUUUCAUUAAAUCAGCAGGGCAUAAAACUUGAUGCAACGCAACGACCACCUUCAAGUAAUUCAAAUUCAUUAAAAGUUGAAAGAAGUCGUGUAACUUUAGGAUCAACUGCCAGAUCUCGUGCAGAAAAUACAGGUGCAACUCGACAGCAAUCCAUCAAAAACGUAAUGAAUCCUAUGAAAAAUGAAAUAUCCGCCCUAAAACGUCACCAAGUAAUUGAUAUGCAUUCGCUACUACAUGACCGGACUGUAUCAAACCCAACGAACAAAGUUGUUGAUAUGCACUCUCUUUUAAAUCGCCAACCACCCUCCUUAGAACCAAAGAACUCGAUCUUACCUGAAUCUCUAGGGUUAGAAAGAAAUGCAAACCAAAACAUGGGUAAAGUAGGAGCCUUGCGCCGUUUGUCUGAUUCUUUGCAGAGAAGCCGUGUGUCCUCUAUUGGUAUAGAGUCAUCUUUCGACCAACAUAGAGAUGCGUUCCCGAGCACGGAGCCUGAUGUUUUGAAUUUUGCUGGAAAUGCUGGUUCAUUGUCAUCUAACAACUUAGGAAAUAGAAAUUUAAACCUCAGAAGAAAUCCGAAGUUUUCAUAACAGUUUCAUGUCAUUCUGAAACGUGCUAGUAUACAUAAACAAGCAAACUGUAU